AUGGUUGGUUUCAUGGUUGACCCACAGGUGAACAUCUUCCUCCGAGUGAGUUGGGCAGAGCACGGACAUAAAACACUCAGCUGCGCCUCAGCAGCAGCACUGUGGCUGACACAGGCCCGCCCCGUGGGUGUGUUUAAGCGCAUCCACCUGCUCUGGUUCCCCGCCCCCUCCCCUCCCGGCCCCGCAGAGAGGAGCAGUGAGGAGCGCACAAGUUUAGCCGAGAGCCGCCUGCACGCUGCGCGCCUGGACGCUCCGCUCUGCUCUACUCUGCUCUACUCUGCUCUCACAGGGACUUACAGCGCGGCACAUGUGCCAGGAGAUGCUGAUCUGUUCCGUGCCGGAGUGUGCCAUCUCACUGCGGACAGAGUUGACUCUACUUUCUCACAAACCACUACUGACUAUAGACUUUCCCCCCAAACCCUGAGUGACCCCGCCCUGUGCCCCACCAUGUAUGUGAGCAGCCUGUGGAUAGUGCAUACCUUCCUGGCCCUGUCCCACUUGGCAGCAGGGAACAUCAUCGCCCCCCCAGCAGUGGCCCACGACCCGCUGGCUGCUCCCCGAGUCUUCAUCACAUUCAAAGGUACGCUCCCGUAA